GUAUAAUCCCUGAUCAUUGGUGCAAGUACAAGAUACCAAAGACUAUUUCUCUUAAUCAUUGGAUUGCCGAUCUCAAGAGUCGUCUCCAACAACUUGAAUCCAUUACCCGUGAAACUGACUUCCAAUAUUUAGAUGUAUGGCUCGGCGGUUUGUUUAUGCCCGAAGCCUUCAUCACGGCUACUCGCCAGGCAGUGGCCCAGAAACAUCAAUGGUCACUUGAAGAAUUGCGUCUAGAAGUUGACAUAAAUAAACAUGGGGAUGCUGACGCAUUUGCUGUAUCUGGCCUUAAACUCGAGGGUGCUAAAUGGGAUAAUGCGCUUCAAUUGACGUCUGCUCCAUUAACAAAACUCGAACUUACUCAAAUCCGCUGGGUUCUCAAGACUGAUGUUGCCGCACUUAAAGAAGACAGUGUAUCGCUUCCCGUAUAUCUUAAUAGCGAUCGAAGCGAUCUGCUUUUCAUUGUGAAUGUUGACGCCAAAGCAUCUGACAAGAAUAAGAUUGCACAACGUGCUGUUGCUAUAGUCGUUUGGUGA